AUACAGCCCCUUUCGCUCCCUUAAAACCCUAGCAAUUUCUGCAAGGCAAAGAAGCAAAGACUUCCAUAAACCCUAACUGCAGCUCCCUCCUUUUCAACUCUCCGCCACCAUGACUACAGAAACAGUGAACCCAAAAGCAUACCCACUUGCGGAUGCGCAGCUUACUACAACGAUAAUGGACUUGGUUCAACAAGCUGCCAACUAUAAGCAGCUUAAAAAGGGUGCUAACGAAGCCACUAAGACACUAAACAGAGGGAUUGCGGAGUUUGUUGUAAUGGCAGCUGAUACAGAGCCCCUUGAAAUCCUUCUUCACCUCCCACUCCUUGCUGAGGAUAAGAAUGUUCCAUACGUUUUUGUUCCCUCGAAGCAAGCUCUUGGUCGAGCAUGUGGUGUUACUCGACCUGUGAUUGCUGCUUCUGUAACAAGCAACGAGGGAAGUCAGUUGAAAUCACAAAUUCAGCAAUUAAAGGAUGCUAUUGAGAAGCUUCUUAUCUAAAUCUUGAGCCUUUUCAGCAUGAGGGGCCUCAUGAUUUCUAAAGUGGAUUGAGUGGGCUUUGACUGAAGCAGUUAUUUCCUCUCUUUUUUUCUUUUUUCUUCCUUUCUCAUUUUCCCUUGUCUGGUUACAAUGACUUUUUAUGAGUUAUGUUAAGAUAACCUAUUAUGCUUGAGAAGGUUAAAUCAAGUUUACAUUACUGUUUAGCCUGAGUUUUCAUGUAUCAUGUACUAUAUCUUUUUAAGGGUAUAAUAGUUUUUAGAAAAAUCAUGUUGAGCCA